UCACUAACACCACCACCCUCACAUCCGCCGUCAUCUCCAUCCUCAACCGGAAAAGCUGUGGAAAAAGCCAGUGCUUGAGCUCCUUCUCUCAAAUCUUCAAAUUUCUUUCUAACCUAUCUAUUUUCUUCACCUUAAAUACAUACCCAUGAGUCAUCAGAUGGAUAUAGAGCCAUUUAUGAGCUGCAAUCUGCCUGGAGAUAUCAUGUUAAUGUACUAUUAAGACUUCCCAUCAAGUCUUUACUGCGAUUCAGGUCCGUUCGUAAGUCCUGGUACGAUUUACUCACAGACCCAAAUUUUAUUUUGAUGCAAUGUCAGUAUUCCAAUGCAUAUGAACCUAAACUCCUCGGAGUGCGCACGGAUUCUGAGGAUCUUACACCAGAUAUCUACUUGUAUUCAUUUAACCAUAUGCCCCAAAAUUUACCUUUACCAUUUUCAUACAGUUUUGAACAUCCCGCGUCUGUUCAGGGUUCUUGUAAUGGAUUGGUAUGCGUAACUCUUAAUGAAGGGUCAACUAUUGUCUUAUGGAAUCCCGCAACAAGACAAUUUAGACCUAUUAGGGUACCCUUUGUUAAUGCUUGGUUUAGUGAUAUGUCUACAACAUUUGGAUUUGGGUUUCUCCCGGAUGAGAAUGAUUACAAGGUGGUGAGAAUCCCGUUACGCAAAUCAAAUUCCACCCCUGUUUCUGUUUACAGUUUGGGUUCAGAUUCUUGGAGAGCAAUACGAGUUGCUGUCCCGGAUAUGACUUUUAGAUUAGGGGCAGUUUCAGUGAAUGGGUUUUUGCAUUGGUUAGCAUAUCAGCUUAAGGAAAUAGAGCUUAUCGUUUCAUUCGAUUUGAGGAAUGAGGUGUUCCAGCAGAUGGCAAUGCCAGAUUCUUGUGGUUUUGACUACGAAAUCAAGAGGGAAAUUGUGGUUCUAAAGGGAUCCCUUUCUGUGAUUGUGUAUUCUGCUCCUCUAACAGCUGGUAAUUCCUUUGAGAUAUGGGUGAUGACUGAAUAUGGCUUGCAAGAGUCUUGGACUAAGAAAUUCACCAUUGGAACCUUUUCGACCACCGUCUGGCCUGUGGGAGUAUGGAGUACAGGUGAGAUUAUCUUUGAAUAUCUGAACCAUUGCUCCCAUGAGCUGUUCCUGUAUGAUUCCAGUAGCCAAGAGAUUGAGUAUUUUCCAACUCAUGGUUAUAUGCAUUUCUUUAGAGUAUUUGAUUAUGUAGAGAGCCUAGUUUCUGUCAGUGGAGGGAGGAAAAGGAGUUGCAGAACAUUUUCAUUCAUGGCAGAUUAUCGGAGAUGUGCUUGAUAGUUGUCGGUGUCCAACAAAUAUUCAC